AUGCAUAUUGCCAACAACAUUAAGAGUACUAUUCCACAAACAGAAAGUUCCAGGGAAUACUUGAAGUUUGUGGAAGAGUGUUUUCGUUCUGCAGAUAAGGCUCUCGCUGGAAGAAAACCUAGUUUAAGGCACAUGUAUGUUUGGGGUUGCCCAGCGGAAGCUAGAGUUUAUAAUCCACAAGAAAAGAAAUUAGAUUCUCGAACAGUAAGUGGUUACAUUAUUGGUUAUCUAGAGAAAUCUAAAGGGUAUGUAUUUUACUAUCCAAACCAUAGUUCGAAAAUUGUUGAAACCAAUAAUGAAAGAUUCAUUGAGAAUGGUGGAGUUAGUGGGAGUGUUAAAAAGCAAAGUGUGGAUAUAAAAGAUGUGAGGGUGAAUAUUCUAUUACCUACGAAUGUACCUACUUCCACACAACCAAAUAUUAUUUCAGUUGUUGAAAAACACUUUGACAACACCGAGCAACAUUUGGAUGAAAUGCUUUAUGAAGAAACUAACUCACAAAUAUCUGACACAAAUGAACCACAAGAAAUGCCAUUAAGAAAAUCUCAAAAAAAAGCUGCAAAGAGGUUUUUGAGGUACCUGAAAGAAACGAAGGAUUACAUGCUCAUGUAUAGGAGAUCCAAGCAUUUGGAAGUUGUUGGAUACUCGAAUUCAGAUUUCGCUGGAUGCAUUGAUACUAGAAAAUCCAUAUUUGGUUAUUUGUUCCAAUUAGCUGAAGGAGCAAUAUCAUGGAAGAGUGACAAACAGCCUUUCAUUGCUACAUCCACGAUGGAAGCAGAAUUUGUGGCAUGUUUUGAAGCCACAAUUCAUGCAUUAUGGCUGCAAAACUUUAUUUCAGGAUUUGGGGUUGUCGACACCAUUACCAAGCCGCUCAAAAGUUACUGUGAUAAUUCUGCAGUAGUAUUCUUCUCCAAGAACGAUAAGUACUCCAAAGGUGCCAAAUAUACGGAAUUAAAGUACUUUACCAUCAAGGAGGAAGUUCAGAAAUAA